CUGUUUUAGCGUCGUCAAUGGGAAGUGCACGCCAAGGUGGAAAAGCGAAUACUGUCUAGCUAACUUCCAUUUACAACAUGGGUUCUACGUCGAUUCCGUGUUUGUGGAUUACAUUUUGCCUUCAUUUAUGUUGUUUGAUGAACACUGGAAAAGCGCAGAAUGCGAAAGAAGUGAUUCUGUUGGAUUCCAAGGCACAGCAGACAGAGCUGGAGUGGAUAUCUUCUCCUCCUGGUGGGUGGGAAGAGAUCAGCGGGUUGGAUGAAAACUACACCCCCAUUCGCACAUACCAGGUUUGUCAGGUCAUGGAGCCCAAUCAGAAUAACUGGCUUCGGACUAGCUGGAUAGAGAAGGGCGAUGCCCAGAGGAUUUUUGUGGAACUGAAGUUCACGUUGAGGGAUUGUAACAGUCUACCCGGUGUGGUGGGCACGUGCAAGGAGACAUUCAACUUGUAUUAUCAGGAAACCGAUUCGGAGGUCGGCAGGAAUAUACGAGAAAACCAGUACGUGAAAAUUGACACAAUCGCAGCAGAUGAGAGCUUCACUCAGGGGGACCUGGGAGAGAGGAAGAUGAAGCUGAAUACAGAAGUACGCAUCAUUGGGCCGCUGUCCAGACGAGGGUUUUACCUGGCCUUCCAGGAUGUAGGGGCAUGCAUCGCUCUGGUCUCUGUCAAAGUUUAUUACAAGAAGUGCUGGUCCAUCAUUGAGAACCUGGCCACUUUCCCAGACACUGUUACGGGAUCAGAAUUCUCCUCUCUGGUCGAGGUCGAGGGCAUGUGUGUCAGUGACGCAGAGGAGGAGGCCGAUAACGCUCCCAAGAUGCACUGCAGUGCAGAGGGAGAAUGGCUGGUGCCUAUAGGGAAAUGUAUAUGCAAAGCUGGAUUUCAUCAGAAGGGCGAUGCAUGUGAACCAUGUGGCCGUGGGUUCUACAAGUCCUCGUCCCAGGACCUGCAGUGUUCGCGCUGCCCAGCACACAGCUACAAUGACCGGGAGGGCUUGUGGCGCUGCGACUGUGAGGACGGCUACUACCGGGCGCACUCAGACCCACCCUCUGUGGCCUGCACAAGACCUCCCUCGGCACCACAGAACCUGGUUUACAACAUCAACCAGACCACCGUCAGCCUGGAGUGGAGCCCGCCGGCCGACAUGGGCGGUCGCAACGACGUCACCUACAGGAUUAUGUGCCGGCGCUGCAGCUGGGAGCCCGAGGAGUGCGUGCCGUGCGGGGGGAACGUGGGAUACUCCCCCCAGCAGGCGGAAUUAGUGGACACCUACGUAAAUGUGGUGGACCUACUGGCCCACGCCAACUACACCUUUGAGGUGGAGGCCGUCAACGGGGUCUCUGACCUCAGCCGCACCCAGAGGCUUUUUGCCGCAGUCAGCGUCGCCACCAGUCAAGCAGCUCCCUCCCAAGUCAGUGAGGUCAUCAGGGAGAGAGUGCAGCAGCGAAGCGUCCAGCUCUCCUGGCAGGAGCCUGAGCAGCCCAACGGAGUCAUCACUGAAUAUGAGAUUAAGUACUAUGAAAAAGACCAGAAGGAUCGUAUCUACUCCACAGUGAAGUCCAGAUCCACGUCAGCCACAGUGAACAAUCUGAAGCCCAGCACAGCCUACGUGUUUCAAAUCCGAGCCUUCACCACGGCCGGCUACGGCACCUACGGACCCCGCCUGGAGAUCACUACCAAGGAGGAGGCCUCAGCAUCCACCAUUGUCUCCAGCGAGCAGAACCCCGUCAUCAUCAUCGCGGUGGUGGCCGUGGCGGGGACCAUCAUCCUGGUCUUCAUGGUGUUUGGCUUCAUCAUUGGGAGAAGGUACGCUCUCGCGGGCCCCAUUGACUCUCCACUGCUGCACUGUGGCUACAGCAAGGCAGACCAGGAAGGAGACGAGGAGCUGUAUUUUCAAUUUAAAUUUCCAGGCACCAAAACAUACAUUGACCCUGAAACCUACGAAGACCCGAACAGGGCUGUCCAUCAAUUUGCCAAGGAGCUGGACGCGUCCUGCAUUAAGAUUGAGCGAGUUAUUGGAGCAGGAGAGUUUGGGGAGGUGUGUAGUGGACGGAUGAAGCUCCCAGGGAAACGGGACACAUCAGUGGCCAUUAAAACCUUGAAGGUGGGCUACUCUGAGAAACAGAGGAGAGACUUCCUUUGUGAGGCCAGCAUUAUGGGCCAGUUUGACCAUCCCAAUGUUGUCCAUCUGGAGGGAGUGGUGACCAGAGGAAAACCGGUGAUGAUUGUGAUUGAAUAUAUGGAAAACGGCUCAUUAGAUGCUUUCCUCAGGAAACACGAUGGUCAGUUCACAGUGAUCCAGUUAGUGGGAAUGCUGCGGGGCAUAGCAGCGGGGAUGAGAUAUCUCUCUGACAUGGGAUAUGUCCAUCGAGAUCUGGCUGCACGAAACAUCCUUGUCAACAGCAAUCUCGUAUGUAAAGUAUCUGACUUCGGCCUGUCAAGAGUGAUCGACGAUGAUCCCGAGGCUGUCUACACAACAACGGGGAAGAUGCAGGAUAUAAUGAAUGUGAUCUUUAGUCCAGCCAUUGACCUGCAUUUUACUGAACAGGGUGGAAAGAUACCUGUUCGAUGGACAGCAAUGGAAGCCAUCCAGUACCGUAAAUUCACUUCCGCUAGUGAUGUGUGGAGUUAUGGCAUUGUCAUGUGGGAAGUCAUGUCCUAUGGGGAACGGCCUUACUGGGACAUGUCCAAUCAAGAUGUGAUAAAGGCAAUAGAGGAGGGGUACCGCCUCCCUGCUCCCAUGGACUGCCCUCCAGGCCUGCACCAGCUAAUGCUGGACUGCUGGCAGAAAGACAGGGCUGAUCGACCCAAAUUUGAUCAAAUAGUUGGCAUCCUUGAUAAGAUGAUUCGCAAUCCCAAUACCUUAAAAACCCCUUUGGGAACAUGCACAAGACCGAUUAGUCCCCUGUUAGAUCAGAGCACACCAGACUUCACGACGUUCCGCUCGGUGGGGGAGUGGCUGGAGGCCAUCAAGAUGGAGAGAUACAAAGACAACUUCACCGCCGAAGGCUACAGCUCACUGGAAUCUGUGGCCAGGAUGUCAAUCGAGGAUGUGAUGAGCUUGGGGAUCACUUUAGUGGGACAUCAGAAGAAGAUCAUGAGCAACAUACAGACUAUGAGAGCCCAGAUGCUAAAUCUCCACGGCACGGGCAUCCAGGUGUGAUGAUAGACUACAGUGCCCCCUGUGGACAGGGGGGCAAAGAGCUAUAUAGAGCAGCGCUAGGGCAGAACUUCCCAGGAUAAUCAUAACAAAUCAUGUGACGUGACGUCGUCUCCUGUGUCUGACUCUGUUUUUCCGGAUGUUAUCGGAAUUAAAAUCAUUCCUUUGUUCCUUGGCAAAGGAUUUAACCCCUCUUUAGAACGGGUACUAAGGAGAGAUUGAGAGAAUACUCCCUGGACAUGAUGCCGCUCUGAGAAACUCAACCGCAAAUAGAGAUGGAGCUUUGGAAAAGGAGUUUUAUCCAUAUUACCUUGUUCUUUUAACCUAAUGAAUUUUUUGGGGGGAGGGCACCAAGAAAAUGGAUUUCACUUAAAAAAGAAAAGAAAUCCCCCCAAAACUUUUUUCCCUUGCAGUGUUUAAAAAAUAUAUUUUUUAUUCUAGUUUGUUCAUUUUGUUAGUUUCAGAAGGCACAGUGAUAUGGUCUGGUACGUAAAGUAAUCUAACAUCUUUCUUUCGCGUUACAAUUUUUUCCUCCUUUUAUUUUGGACUUGACAACAGGGUAAACGUUCCCAUCAAAAGGACAGGGAGGAUGAAUAUGGUGUCUGAACAUUUUGGUGGAGAUGAUUUCGACCAGUUUGUCUUGAGACACUACUGCCUGUUUUAACUGUUUGCAGUGAGUUGUGUUUUUUCUCCCUGAUGUUUUUGAAGUGGAAAUGGCAUCCAUCCUGCACCUCAGAUCAGUGACUUCAAGGAUAGUAGUAUUCACUUGGUUUUUUCAAGCUUGUAAGAGUGGCUUGUUGUAUGAAUUUUUCUGAAGACAGAUGCUCUCGUUGUAUAAUGAAAACAUUUCAAAUUUGUAUGUAGGAAUUACGAAACAGUAUGACACCAACAAGGCAAUUCGAUUUCAGAUUGAUCACAACUUUUAUAUCUAAUAUCAAGCAUCAAAUUGGCAAUGUUUAUGUUUACCGCAUGAAUUAUUUUACCUUAUUGUCCAAUAUACUUUCAAUCUGAAAUGUUUUGUUGUUUAAUUAUUUAUUUGAACGUUUCCGCAGACAGCACUAUAGAAAGAAACGUAAAGAGACUUGAUCCACCACAAAGGGUUUGAAAUGCCUAAACAAACAUAUUAUUUGUUGUUGCAGCAAAUGGUAUUCGUUUCCUAUUUUGGUGAAAACAGUUGUCAAGGGUGAAUCUAUGAAAGGCGGUGUAUGUUCGUUCUACAAGUAAUUGUCCCUUAAAACGAAUGUAUUCCCAUUCUUUUUCGGCACUUCUAUGGCAAGUUUUUUUGCGAUUCACCGAGACAGUCUUUUGUAGGGUUGAAUGGACAAGUUCCCUUUUUUCUUUGUGGUAUCCUGUCAUCCUGAACUUGAAUAGAUCAAAUCAAGUGCAUGCACAGUGAUGGUUAACACAGUCAGUGUAGGGUAGAAUAUUGAACAGAGCAAUAAUUAGCCCAGGUGGAAAUGGUCCUCUGAGAUUUUAAGGUGCUAGGUUUUACACUAAUAUCAGUUGUGCUGGGAAAAUUCUUUGGAAACGUUCUGUCACCAACAGGAAAAAGGAAUACGUAUUGACCUUUUUCCUGUUGAAGAUGACCUGGAUUAUAGGGCUGGGACGAUAGAUUGGUACAGUACCCCGGAAUACCGAGUUAUCAAAUAAUGAAAUAGUAAUGCCACUUACGAAAUGGUAUACCGUGGCAUGCUAAUGACUUAAUAACAAUGUCACAGAGUAUGUUUGGAAUAUAUGACUGUUACAGUGGAGUGAAAUGACAUUCAACCAGCGGAGAGUCGUACAUAUUAGUCAUGACAUCAUCUUUUCCAUUGCAGCACACUGCAUUUGCAGGCGUUCAGUUCGGUGUGAGGUACCUACACUAACUAAUAUUAUCAUAAUAUAUUGAAAAUCCUAAUACUCCUUAUUAUGAUGCUCAUACUCUGAAAAUCACAUAGCGUCCCAGCCACAUGUUUAUUAAUGUGUCUCUGUUCAAACCUUUCCAGGCAAACAGGGUGAUGUAACAUGCAUAAAAGUGUUUUCUAGGCUUUUUUCCUUAACUUACCUGGCCCUUCGCAUGUUAAUCACGGCACAGAGAUAAGGAAUGGGCUCUGCAAAGAUGUGCUAAAGAGCCAACCUAAUGGUGCCAUUGCAGUCUUCUCUUUCUACAACAAAAUGAAUGUUAUCACGUUGAAUAUGUCUCCAGCACUCUGAUGGUCGAUUCACUAAUUUCUUUGUCAUUUAAAGUAAAGAAAAUAUAGGUAUUUCCAAUUGCAAUUAUAUCCAAGGCUGUCUUUAUGGAUUGAUCAUUGAUUCAGAUUUUCAAAGCUGCAGCUUUUCCCAAUGGUUUAUUUAAGACGCCUUUUAAUAUGCCUGUAGAUUGAAUUGGUCUUCAGAAAACCAACCUUGAAACACUAUCAUGGACUAUGGCUGCAAGCUUAGUUUUUGUAAAGCCAUUAGUGACUUUGUCUAUUUUUCCUAGAUUAAUUUCCAUUGUGCUCGGUCCAAAGGGACUCACACCUGUGGGGGGGUACCCAGGGAAUCAGACCAUGCCCAGCCCGCUCUGGGCCCCAUGUCACAGACAGACCCAUUCUUUAUCCAUACAGCAAAGCUCAGCAAUUGGGAACAUGCCAGCCCUUUGAAUUGAAUACCAGCGUAAAGUCAUUCAGUCAGCACAAAACUCCCCAGUUCACAGGAAGGCAAGCAGGCUCCCUCUCUCUCUCUCUCUCUCUCUCUCUCUCUCUCUCUCUCUCUCUCUCUCUCUCUCUCUCUUUCUCUCUCUCUCUCUCUCUCUCUCUCUCUCUCUCUCUCUCUCUCUCUCUCUUUCUCUCUCUCUCUCUUUCUCUCUCUCUCUCUCUCUCUCUCUCUCUACUUUCCCCUGCUCUGAUCUCCAACAGCGGGCCCCUAGGGGCCUUCACACCCCGGAGGUGGAGGCCCCCACUCCCCCUCCUCCCUCUCUCUCUGAGUCUGGGGUCCUGUAGAGACAGCAAUUUUGAGCCAAAUUGAGAUUAAGACCUGGAUACAAUCGAUCUGCCAUAUAAAUAAUCUGUGACCUUCACAGGCCUUCACAACCUUCCAUCCUCAUGGUUUCUCUCCGCUUUUACUUUGUUUCUUACCCGUUUUCUUGUUGAGGAUGUUCAAGUGAAUAUAUGGGGAUGUUGUUCUGUUUCAACAAAGCUGAAUGCAGUUUGUGUGGUGAGUUGAUUGGAUUCAGGAAUGAGAACACAUUUUAAAUACAAAGUAGAAUGGUUAUUAUUUUCAAACCUUUUGGACAAACUGUUGGAAAUUGUGGACACGCCUUUGCAAUGCAUAGGUGUUGGAUGAUUCCAAAGAGUUCAGCACUGUUGAUUGUGUCAGAAAGAUCUGAGGUCCGAGGGGAACUUUGUAUAUGUUCUAAUUGUAAAACCUGUACAUUUUUAUUUAUAUAGUUGUCUUUUUACACAUAUUACUCUGUAGUGAGCUCUGAAUACAUUGAAAAUGCACUAUAUUUUUCUAUCUCACUUGCAGAUAAUUAUUGUCACCCAGAAGAUUUCAGUUGUACAGACUUUCUCAUUUAGGACCAAAGACAGGUUUUCCAUCUAGAAUUGUAUUUUGUUUUUAUUUUCUCUUUUAGUUUAAUGUACAGUUAUAUGAAUUGUCAAUGUAUUAUUUAUUUUUUUCUGUGAUGAGAGUAUUGAGUAUUCAUCGGUCAAGAGUAUUUUCCCCAAACAGCAGAACUUUAAAAUCAUUACUUCUUAGACAAUUUCCUGUUACAUAGGACAUUUCUUUUUUGCUUUGUAACCUUUGUAAUAGACUGUACAUAUAUUUUUGGAAAUAUAAUACAAUCUCUAUAGAAAU